CUCUGCCGGGUUUGUGGGUCUGCCUCUGUGCUCGCCCACCUCUGGUUGCUAGAUCUAGUCUGCUCCGCGCACUGGCAUCAAGCGUUUUCUACUAAGCACGGCGUGCUUGAGACUCUCCCGGUCCGACUUUCGCAGCCGCGUACCGGAGAUCAUCCGUCCGCGGUACUCUGACCGUACAAAAUGGUCGCGCAGAAUCCCCUCUUCGCAGGCUGGAGCCUGAAGAAGUUCAAGGCGACAGUCAUAAACGACAUAUGGCCGGAAGUACUCUUCUUCUCUGGCGUUGCGACAAUGGUGACGCUAGUGUCCGAAAUGACAUCUCACAAGCUGUCAGUCUCGAGCGCGAUCCUCACAGUGCUUGGUACGGUGCUCGGUCUGGUUAUCUCUUUCCGGACAUCAUCGGCAUACGAGCGAUACAUGGAUGGGCGGAGGCUAUGGACCACUAUCGCCAUUGCCUCGCGUAAUUUGGCGUUGCUCAUCUGGGUGCAUGUUCCGUUUGAGCGCGUGGACAAGAAGACGGGCGCAGUAAAGUCCAUGCUUGAGGUGUCCAUCGAAAAGAAGAGCAUGGUGAACCUGGUGCAAGCCUACGCUGUUGCUGUCAAGCAUUCACUCCGUGCCGAGCCGGGUGCCUACUAUGAAGAUCUUUACCCUCUUGUGUGUUUCCUGCCGCGGUACGCGACACACGCCCCGGAUAGCGCUUUGGAGGAGGACAUGCUCCCCUUGUGGAAAGCCUCCGCCAUGGACGCCGAGAAGCACAGGACCGCGCACACGCUUACCGCUUCGCGCCCACUUUCGCCCGCUCGCAGCGAAGGGCGCGAAGGGCGCGCCAACUCUGCAGGCCCGGCAGGCACCUCCAGUGAGGACCCUGAGAAGCAGCAUGGUCAGCUUACUGAGGAUGACAUCUACCACUCCCUCCGCGGGCGCCUGAAGCGCAAGAAAUCGUUCGACCCCGAGAUGGCGCUCCCCGUCGUGUAUAGCGAACACCCGCUGCUUCCCGCGCGUAACCCGCCGAAGGAGUCGCUGUACGACUAUCUCCCGUUCCUGCGCGUGUUCAAGAUCGCGUUCCGCGCGCUCAUCCGUCCGUUCCGGAAGCACGCCCCUACACCCGAGGUCCCCCUGGCGUCGGCGACGCGCACUUUGACCGGGAAGAAAAUCCGUCCCGAAGCGGUCGAUUCGAACGUUCCGCUAGAGAUAACGCUCUACCUGUCGAGCUACCUCGCAUGGUUGCUGCGCAACGGGAUGUUACAGCCCGCGGUCGCGUCCGCAUUCACCACCGGCAUCGCGCAGCUGCAGGACACGGUCACGAACUUGGACAGGAUCAGGAACACCCCCCUGCCGUUCGCGUACCAGGCUCACCUCCGGAUCUCGCUUUGGCUGUAUCUGUUCUUCCUUCCCUUCCAAGUUUGGAGCUCGUUCCACUACUUGACGAUCCCUGCCACUGCGUUUGCCUCGUUCUUGCUCCUUGGCUUCCUCGAGAUCGGACAAGAGAUCGAGAACCCGUUCAACUAUGACAUGAACGACCUCGACCUCGACUCCUUCUGUCUCUCGAUCCAGCGCGAACUGCACGAGAUCACCGCCCACUCGUGUCCCGACCCGGAUGAGUACAUCUUCACCCCCUGGAACCAGCCGUUCGCGCCCGGGGACCGGCGCACCGCCGAGGAGAUGCUGAGCGACGUGAGUCACUCGUACCAUGGACCCGAGACCGGAAUGCACCACAUCCGCCGGACGCUGCUCAAGAGCUGGUGGGAUGUCGACCAAAUGACGCGGAAUAUGUGAAUGGAAAGCUGGAUAGCCAGCAUGAGGUAACUAUAGCGCUGCGGCGCGUGUCAUUGCUGUCGGGUGAACACGACGACGUUCGUUAAUCUUGAUGAUUCGACGUACAUAUUUACGACCAGGGCGACGAUGUCGAACGAGUUCAUGUAUAUUUAUGGCUGCUUGCUGUCGUGCUUACGUUUGCUUUAAUCUCAGUAUUGGGUGUCGUCCUUCGUUUG